AUGCUCAUUUUUUAUCAAAUGGAUUGGUCAAACGAACUGGUUCUAAGUUUUCUCGAACAUUACAAAUGCUACGACGUUAUUUGGGAUCCAAACCAUCCCGAGCACAAAAACAAAUCUAGUGUGAUAGACGCUUGGGAGCUGUUGCGGAAGGAAAUGGGUACGGAUAUGACAGUGGCGGAUUUGAAAAGAAAAAAGGACGCGCUGAUGGCAACUUAUCGGACAUUAAUUAAAAAAAUUCAAAUUGCAAAGGACAACGGUGAUGGUCAGUAUAAACCGUCUUGGUUUUGUUAUAGUACUAUGAAUACCUUUUUGCACAAUAUUUACAAACCCAAGUUUGCAACAGAUUAUAAUGGGGAAGAACCAAAAGAUAUAUUUGAAAAUUCAAAUUUCGAAUAUGAAGACUUUGAUUUACCAGAACAGGAUAUAUUCACGGAAGAAAAACCAGUUAUUAAUACCAAAAAACGUAAAAUUGAAUACGAUGACGUCCAACAGGAAAUGUCAAAUAUUUCGGAAGUCCACCAAAUCAACCAACUUACACAGACAAAUAGUAAUCAAAGUCUGAGUGUCCGACGAACGGAUGCAGAUGAAAUUUCGCUGUACGGAGAACUGUUAGUGACGAAAUUACGAAAAUUCGAUCGUACGACUAGACUAAUUAUUUGCAAUAAAAUAGACAAUUUAUUUUUCGAAACGGAACUGAAAUUAAUGACAGACGGUAAAAAUUCGUAUCAAGAUCCGUUGUCUCACGACGUUCCGACAACUUCCAGGAGCGGUAAACGCUCGUUGAAAAGGUCGUCUAGUCAUUCUUCUUUUUCGCAAUCAGAGAUGUCCGAGAAUCCCCAAUUUGAAUAG